UUUUUAGGGUUUCUGAUACACUGAGCCAAAGAAGAGUAGCAGCAGCCAGCGGCGGAACACGAGUGAAGAUCAACACGAUGGCGAGGAUCAAGGUUCACGAACUGAGGGACAAGUCGAAGACCGAUCUGCAGAAUCAGCUUCAGGAUCUGAAGGCUGAGCUCGCUCUCCUCCGUGUCGCUAAAGUCACCGGUGGUGCUCCCAACAAGCUCUCCAAAAUCAAGGUUGUCAGGAAAUCGAUAGCUCAGGUGUUGACGGUGACUUCACAGAAGCAGAAGUCUGCACUCAGAGAAGCAUACAAGAACAAGAAGUUCAUCCCUCUUGAUCUCCGUCCCAAGAAGACUCGUGCUAUCCGCAGACGCCUCACCAAACACCAGCUCUCUUUGAAGACAGAGCGCGAGAAGAAGAAGGAGAUGUAUUUCCCAAUAAGGAAGUACGCUAUCAAAGUUUAAGUCUUAGCUACUAGCAAACUCCGUUUCAGCUUUGUGUUUUUGAUGCAAACUUGUUUUGUUAUUGGCUUUGUGCUAUUUUCUCAAACAGUUUCACCAACAUGGAUUUUGGUUCCUAUUGAUACUUGGCAUUUUAUCUUUGCAUGUUUCUCUUUUGCUCA